GCCCCAACCCCCGCCCCCCUCUGGCACCCCUCCCCCCGACUUACCUUGGGUUCCUCGGCGACGUCCCCCCACCGGUGACCAUGGAGAAGGGGCUCGGGUGAACCCCAGCAAGCGCAGGCGCUACUUCCUCGCCGAGCGACUCUCCCCGGCGACCUCGCAGCGAGCAGGCGCAAGGAGAAGGCUAGGGAGAAGGGGCUCGGGUGACCCAUAAGGUCCUGCGCGGAGCUCGACCAUGGAGGCGGGAUUUGGGCCGCACACUCCGAACGUGUACAAUGUACAUGUUAAGGUUCAAGGAUUCAUUACCGUUGACGAAAAUGGUAAAAAAACUUACACCAGAAGCUUAAUUCGGGAUUUCAUAAUUGAUAGAGCACAAAUUUCUUUGGAAUUUCUGAUCAGUAGCUUAAAAUCUGGGAUAAGCUUGGGUUCGAACCAAUGUAUUUCAUUGUGGGUGUACGACAAGAGGUUAGGGGAGGACAUUCUACUGGAGUCAGAGUAUCAGAUUGCAGAUGUGCUUAACAUGUAUGAGGUAGAGAAACAUUUGAUGCUAGUUGCUUCUAUUACUAUUGACAAUGAGGAACCUAAAUGUGUCAUAACACCCGAGGGUCAGCAAGCUAGUGCAUCUGUAGAGGCAGAGUGUGCAAUAGAUGACGAUGAAGAUGAACCUGAACUACCAAUAGUGUUUGACAUCUCUGAGGAGUAUGUGGGUGUUGAUGAUGAGUACAUAUAUGGUAUUAACCCAAAUCGUACUGGUGCUAGUGCUGCUAUUGAAACUGAGACUGCAACUCCUAAUGCUGCGGCUGAUGUAGGAGCAAUUUCUGCUAGUGCUACCGCUGAACCUGCACCUCCUAAUGCUGAUAAUGAACCUGCACUUUCUAAUGCUGCUGGGUAUGCAUCUCAUGUUGAGCCAGAGAUUAAUGAUGUUGACACACAAGAGAUUAUAGUCAUUCACAACCCAAUAGAACCGGACAUUCGGGUGGACGCCGUUUUUUCCGACAUAGUCAAUUUCAGAAAAGCCAUUAGGCAACAUGCAAUUAUACAAGGUUUUGAGUUAGCUAAUAUUAAGACAGAUCCCACAAGAUUCAGAGCUGAUUGCGCGAGUGAAGGUUGCCCAUGGCGUAUUCAUGCAUCAAGGUUGCAGGACGACCGAACAAUUCAGAUAAAGAAGUUACCAUUCAAUCACAAUUGUUGCACAACAAAACAAUGUGAAAGCAAGAUGGCUUCUCAGAGUUGGGUUGCAGACAGGCUUGCUGAAUGGGUUAAGACAAAUCCAGAUAAGGGAGCGAAGUUUGCUAAAGAAAAGAUAGAAGAAGAGUACAGAAUAAAGCUUAGGUACUCAAAGGCUUGGGCUGGACUUAGGCUUGCAAAACAACAAGUUCAUGGUACAUACAAUGAGAGUUUCCAACAUCUGUUCAAUUGGGCAGCUGAAAUAGCGAGGAUAUGUCCAGGUUCAGUUUUGGAGUAUGAUGUUCACAAGGUUGGUAAUAAGGACAGGUUCAAGAGGAUUUUUGUAGCAUUGAAGCCAUGUAUAGAUGGAUUUUUGGAUGGUUGCAGACCGUACAUUGCUCUAGAUGCAACUAGACUUCUUGGAACAUAUAGUGGUCAGCUUGCUGCAGCUACAUCGGUUGAUGGUCACAAUUGGCUUUUUUAUGUUGCAUUUGCCAUUUUUGAUUCAGAGACAACUGACAACUGGAUGUGGUUCUUGAACAACUUGAAGAGAGCCAUAGGUAGCCCACCAGGUCUAGUAAUAUCUUCUGAUGCAUGUAAGGGCUUGGAAAUUGCUGUAGACGCAGUGUAUCCAGAAGCUGAGAACAGAGAGUGUAUGAGGCACCUAUAUGCCAAUUUUAUGAGGAAAUAUAGAGGUCCAAUCUUCACUCAGCAUUUGUAUCCAGCUGCAAGGUCCUACACAGAAGAUCAAUUCAAAUGGCACCUGAAGAAGAUACAUGAAGCAUUUCCAGAUGCUAUAGCAUGGCUUGAAAAUAACCAUUAUAGAAUUUGGUAUAGAAGUGGGUUUUCAGAGCUCUGUAAGUGUGAUUACUUAACCAACAAUAUAUCAGAGAGUUUCAACAAGCAAAUUAAGCACCUCAGGGGGCUCUUGGUUCAUGAGCUAGUAGAUGAACUUAGAGAGUUGAUCAUGGAAAAAAUGGCAUUUAGGAGGGAAAUUGGAAGGAAGAUGGAUGAUGGCAUCUUACCUUCUGUAAUUAUGGACCUCAACAAAGCCACCAAGAACUUGAGAGUUGUCAAGUGUGCUAAGAGUGAUGAUGACUUUGCAGAGGUCACACUUGUUGACAGUGACAACAUUACUAGGAGACACACAGUUGACUUACAAAAUCAUAAGUGCUCUUGCAGGCAAUGGCAAGUUACUGGGAAGCCAUGCAACCAUGCCCUGGCUUGGAUUUGUGCCAAUAGAGGGAAAAUUGCAGACUAUGUUCACGAGUACUACUCAGUCAACAAGUUUAGAGCAGCAUAUGCUGGAAUGGUGCCACCUAUGCGAGACAAGACACUAUUACCUAUGGUUGACCUUGGAUACAAAUUGUACCCACCCAAGCAGAAGAGGGCGGCUGGGAGACCUAAAGUGACUAGAAUAAGAGGUUUCCUUGAACCUGGAAGGAAAACUGUUAGGUGCAAGAGGUGUGGAGGGCUAGGCCACUUUCAGAAGACAUGCAAAAUGGCUGAAGCAAGUGAUGAAGACACCUCUGAUGCUACACCACAACCAAAGAGGAAGCGCACAAGUGAUGAAGGUCAGACAUCAAAGAAGCGAAAGAACAGCAACGAACAGAAGGGUGCUUCAAAGAAGAAGAAGAAGACUGCUCCAAAGAAGAAGGCUAGCAACAAGGAAAAUAAUACUCCUGCAAAGAAGAAGACGACUCCAAAGAAGAAGAGAAAAACUCCCAAGAAAAAGAAGGCUCUAGCUGAAUCAAGUGCACCUCCUCCAAAAGUGAUAAAGAAGCUUUUGGAUUAUCUCAAAGAUUUAAGUCUUCCUUCUGAAUGAUGCUUUUGUUUUGUUUAAAAUUCUGGAAUGGUCAUGUUCGUUCCUUCCAGUCCUAUGCUUUUGUUGACCUUGUGAACACGAUUUGUAAUUGUUCUAGACAUGUCUGUGGACAUCUGAACUAGUUGUUUGUGAUUUAUGAACAUGUAUGUGCCUGGUGGGAAUGGUUAUGGACAUUUCAAUGGUUAUGCUCA